AGAAAACACAGGAAUAAACUCUUGUAUUUAGAUUUUUCAUGUUGGAAUGAAUAGGUGAGAUGGAAGAGUCUGUUCAAUGAGUUGAACUAUUCCCCUUUAGAGGUAGAACACUUUAUUUUGUCUAUUUUGUAAGUUGAAAAAGCAUAUUGCCUAUUAUGAUAUAUUUUUUCACUUUUAUGUAGCUAAAUUUUUUCAGUGUACAGACUAGAGUUACCAGUAAAAGCCUAUUACAGUGAAUAGUAUUUGUCAGGAAUUUGGCAUAACAGAUAUCUCAUCAUUGUUGAUCUUGAUGGAAGUUAAAAAGGAGGAAGAUAUUUGCCAGCCCUGGAGGGGAAAGAAAGUUGGAAGUCAAUGCUUUAGAAUCUUGUAGAAAUACUUCUCAGUUCUCCCUACAUUUCCUAUCUAUAUUUAACAUUCCAGCUACAGAACAGAGAUCACUAAACUAAUACCUGUCCCCUCCCCGACUCCCCCAGAAGACAACCAACUCCCAAAGCACUUCUCUUAAUUUAAGUGUAGCUUUUGGAAUUAGCAAUGAAUAAAUUGUUUUGUUUUGCUUCAUUACACAUUCUUUUGUAUGUGUCAUUAUUGUAAAAAAAAGUUUUAGUAUGUAAAUUGUGACUAGCUAUGUGAACUUACAAAUACCUGUAUUUAAUGGAUAGUUUGUUUUGUUUUAGGUUAAAAAAAAUGUGGUGCCCAUACUUAUCCCUUGAAGUUUCUCCAUUCCUUUUCCUUUUUAAUUGCUUAUGGACCACAUAUUACUACCACUUUUAAGUCUGUUCAUUUGAGAACUUUCUCUCCUAUUUAUUUUAGAACUUCAUCUCACAGCUUUUAUAAUUCUUCCGGUGAAGUAAAUGAGCAGGCACUGAAGAAAAUAUUAUCAAAUGUCAAGAAGGAUGUGGUUGGUUGGUACAAAUUCCGACGUCAUUCAGACCAGAUCAUGACAUUUAGAGAGAGACUGCUUCACAAAAACUUACAGCAGCAUCUUUCAAGCCGGGAACUUGUUUUUCUGUUACUAACACCAAGUAUAAUAACAGAAAGCUGCUCUACUCAUCGGCUGGAGCACGCCUUAUAUAAACCUCAGAAAGGACUUUUUCAUAGGAUACCUUUAGUGGUGGCCAAUCUGGGCAUGUCCGAACAACUGGGUUAUAAAACUUCAUCUGGUUCCUGUGCAUCGGCUGGUUUCAGUCGAGCAGUAAAAACACACAGCUCUGAAUUUUUUAAAGAAGAUGGAUCUUUAAAGGAGGUACAGAAGAUAAAUGAAAUGUAUACCUCUUUACAAGAUGAAUUAAAGAGUAUAUGUGAAAAAGUAGAACACAGUGAGAGAGCUGUAGAAAAACUACUAAAUGAUGUAAAUAGAUUAAAAGGAGAAAUUAAAAAAAGAAAACAAGCACAGAUGCAAGCAACACGAGAGAAGAAUGUCGAAAAAGACCCUCAGGAGAACGUUUUGCUUUGUCAAGCUUUACGGACCUUUUUUCCGGAUUGUGAACUUCUUCAUUCAUGUGUUAUCUCCUUGAAAAAUAGGCGCAUUUCUGGAAGUAACUGUACUACCACCCACCCUCUUGGUGGGGUAGACAACCUAACCCUGAUGGUGGAAUACGCAGACUUUCCUGAAGCUAGUCCAGCUCGCAGUGCCCUGCCGGUGACCAAGCGGAAAGCCUCAGACACGGAUGAUGGGUGGCAGUUCAAGAAGUCACGGCUAGGAGAGAUACAGACCAGACCCUCUAAAACAGACAGCAAUAGUAGUAACCAAGAAAAAGCAUCCACAGUGAGCAGCCCAGAAACAGAUGAAGAGUUUGAGAGAAUGAAGGGUUCUGGUGAAUAUCCAGAGUCUCCUACCUUCUGAUUCUUUUGGGCCAAAAGGAGAUUUUUGAUCAGCUGAAGGGGAAAGCCGGAUGUGGGGUUUGUUUUGUUUUGUUUUGUUUUUUUACUGUGUUCAGCUCUGCAGUAACACAUAGGGAAGUUCUAGUGCACUUAUUUUAUAAAAUACUUUAAAUUGAAUCAGUCCAGAAUUUUGAGUACAGAACAAGCCUGGUAAGGCAGUGUGUUUGGAUCAGCACUUGUUCAGUUAGGUGAAAAAGCCCAUUAAGUGGGACUCAAAUGAUACAUAUAAAUAUGAAUGGUGUCUA